AUGGCAACAUCCACAAAAACUGAUCAGUACAACGAUAAAAAGUCCUACGUGGUCAAAGAUAUGAUCUGGAAAGAUCAUAUAUCGAAAAUUGAUUAUGCACAAAAAACUCACGAUGACAAAUGGGGUUUUCUCAAUAGUCUUCAACCUCAGGCAUAUUUCCUUGUUGCAGCAUACGAUCCUAAACGAUCGCCCAGAGCGCUAUUAGCUCGCACUGAUCCGUCGUUGGUCAAACCGAAAGAAAAUCCGAACGAAUUACCUCAACAACAUGUCACUGUUCAUCCAUCGCCUCGGCCCAUACCAACGACGACAAGUAACGAGAUCGGCUGGCGAACAUCGGACAAGAAAUGCACGUUGGAAAAGUUCGGCAAAUACACUCGCGGACAAGAAUCAUUGCAUAAAAAAUUUAAAUGGCCUAUUGAAGGUUUUGAUUAA